AUGGGAACCGGGCCAGCCGGCACGGGGCGUUUCGAUGUCUUCAACCCCCCUCCCCCCCGGCUCAGCAUAGGAGAGCACCGAUGCGACAUUCCCAGCAGCACGACCUACCGGCUCGAGGACCACGGCUUUGCCCUGUCGGAUGAUAGUGAGUCGCUGCCGGGGCACGCGGGUUGGCGCCAGAACACCAUUGUUCGCUACGGCGGGCGUUCAUUUCCCGUUACCGCAGGAAUCCGUGUCGCAGUCAUAGGCUCCGAUGUACCCGUGACGGUAAAGUCGGAGAUGGGCUACCUACCGGCGACAACGGGCAAUGCUUUUACCACAUUUUACCACAUCUGUCAAAACGUCGCCCUCGCGGCCCCGUUCAUCACCCGAUCCGUUUACUUUGGGUCGGUGGUCAGUUGCCCCGCAGUACGACAGACCUGGCACGACGGACGAAGCACAUCCGGGACUUUGCCAGCGCGUGGCGAUGGCCCCUCGUGGCAUGUAUGGCUACUCCCUGAAACGGGAGGCUAG